AUGUACAACAAGGACUUCACCCUCGAGUUCUCGCGCGAUCGCAAAUCCAUGUCAGUCCACUUGACACCAAAAGGUGUUGCCAACUUCCACUACCCGGCUGGUGGACCAACAGGACCAACGCCCGGCCAACGGAUGUUCGUGAAGGGGGCACCAGAAGGUGUGCUUGACAGAUGUUCUUUUGUUCGUUGCAACGGCAAGAAGUUUCCCAUGAAUGCAGCUCUGAAGGCUGAGAUAUCUAAGCAUGUGGCUGCUUACGGCACAGGACGCGAUACUCUUCGCUGUCUGGCCCUGGCAACUUCUGACAACCCACCAAACAAGGAUACUAUGGAUCUGGAGGAAUCCACAAAAUUCGUGAAAUACGAAGUGAGCAUUCCCCUCUCCACUUAA